AUGAGUGAAUUUAUUUGUGUCCAAGUUGGACAAUGUGGAAAUCAAAUUGGAAGUGCAUUUUGGCCAUUGGCAUUGCACGAGUAUGGCAUAGAAACAUCAAGCGGAGGUGUAAAUCAAUUAAAAUUCCAAAAAGAUCAUAAAAAAAAUAUUGAUGAUCUAGCUGAUGCAUUUCAUAGCUUUUUUUAUGUCCCCGAUAACUCGGGAAAAUUUUCUUUCAAGCGAAUUUCUGAUUUGAAUUCGGCUAAAGUUAAAGCACGGGCAGUUUUAAUAGACAUGGAAGACAGCGUGGUGUCAAGAUAUAAACAAGGUCCUUUGAGAAAUUUAUUUGACCAAACUUGUACUGUGACAAACUAUCCUGGUUCAGGUAACAACUGGGCUGUUGGAUAUUACACCCAUGGCAGAAAUUACCACGACAAACUCGAAGAAACAAUAAGAAAAACCGCAGAGCGGUGUGAUAGUCUUCAUGGUUUUCUAUUGACCCAUUCUCUGGGCGGUGGAACAGGUUCCGGUCUAGGAACAGCGACUCUGAGUCUUCUUGCCGAUGAAUACCCUCACGUAGACAAAUUUCUGUCCAGUGUCCAUCCAGCGGCGGCCCAGGAUGUAAUUACGGCUCCUUACAACGUCUUGCUUGCCAGCAAAGAACUAAUUGAUCACGCGACCUGUGUCUUUCCAGCAGAUAAUGGAGCUUUGCUCGACAUCUGCAAUUCCCAGAUUUGUAAAAAGGAUAAUGUUGAUCAGCUUAAUUAUAACGUUACCUCAACAAAUCUAGUGCCUUAUCCACAAUUGCAUUAUAUUUUCAGCAGUGUUAGCCCAAUAUCAAUGACUGCUCCUAAAUUAACAAUUACUAAAAAAACUAAGGUACAAGAUGAAUUAUUCAUGAAUGCAUGGUCUCGUUCGCAUCAGUUAAUUAAAUUGGAUCCAUUAAAUCCAAAGUCUGUGAUAAUUAGUGCUGGCCACAUUGCCAGAGGUAAUUGUUCCAUGGAUGAUAUGAUAAGAAAUAUUCAGAGAUUUCAGAAUAAGGCUAAAUUUACACCGUGGAGUAAAGAAGUUAUGAAAAUAGGCCUAUGCAAUGUACCUCCAGCGGGUCAUCCCGCGUCUCUCUUGUGUCUUCUCAAUUCAACGUCAAUGCGAUUGAUGCUAAAGAAUAUAAUUAAUCAAUUUGACAAACUGUAUCAACGCAAAGCACAUGUACAUCAUUACUUGGAAGUCGACGGCUUCGAGGCCGAACACUUUGAUGAAGCGAAAGAAAGUAUUAAAGUCGUCUGCGAUCGGUACAGAGAAGUUGAACGGCAAAUGCCACACAACAUUUCUCGACUUAAAGUUAAAUAA